AUGAAUCCUGCUGAGCUAGAAUUUCUUUCAGAAGAGGAGGGUUUAACUAUUGUACCUAGGUUUAAACUAGAUAUUGUUAAGUUGCUCAACACUACUAUUGGUCCUUUCUUCCCAAAUGUACCAAUUACUGUCCCACUUUGGGUUGCUCUUCAUUUACGCGGACAACAAAAAUGUCGUAUCAUACCGCCAGCUUGGUUAACUUUGGAGAAGUUGAAUGAAUGGAAAGAAACUGAAGAGAAUGAUUCUGGAUGUACAUCUCCACCACAUCCUCAAUAUAUUGAAAUUAGUACUCUUCUCUUAGAGCAUGCCCCUGAAGACAUACCAAAUCCUGAAAGUAUACGUAAUACUGUCCGUGAUGUAUGGGAUAUACGUGUUGGAAAAGUACUAUCCUCUCUGAAUGGCUUUCUGUCUAGUGGAUCGUCAACAGCACGUGUUAGUCAGUUAACUAACAUGGAGCUGUCCACCAUACAUAAUCUUUUAACUAAUUCAAUGGAUCAGUUAUCUUUAUUACGUCAGGCUACUUCACAAACGGUUGAAUAUGCUGGCGGUGGAUCAGUUAAUCGGACAUCAUUUUUAAAUUCAUCUUCUAUGGGAAACUGA